AUUGACGCACAGCCUGGAGAAGAUGAGAUCUCUGCUUUUUCGCAAUGCAAGGGUGAAUAAAUAAUUGGUGUUUGAAUAGUACAGCGUUUUCUUUACUCAAACACUAUGUCAGUAAAGGAUAAUGUUUUUGUGUGUUUGAAGAGUGGAGAAGAAUUAGUUAUUUGCUGUCUAUAUACAUUUUAAAUAUCCUGUGCAUUAUGUGCAUAAGCGCUUAAUUUGAGAUUUUGGCCAAGUGUAUUAAACAACAAGAAAAAACUAAGCGCCCAUAUAGCUACAAUCAAAGUUAUAUAACCUGUAAAAGUUGAUGAAAGCAUAAUGCACUUAAUGCACUUAUGCACUGCAUAACAGUUACAGCCGUUCUAACGACAGACAAAACACUCCAUCUCCGUCAUUCUCUGGUCAAAAACAUUAACUCCAUUUGAGCUUGAUUUUCAUAUAAUGUUAAGUGCAGCUGUCUGAUACAAUACCAACGCUAACGACGCAGUGUUGUUAAAUUAUUUAAUUUUUUGCACAAAGUUUGUAAUUUUGUGAUUCACCUCGUAGCUGGUUGGUUUAGUUCACAGAUUCUAACAUUUUAACAAGGACUUUAAUAAAUUCUUAUAGGAAAAAUACUUCCAGAACUGAGGUGAGUGCACUGAAAAAAAAAAAAAGGAUGGGCACUGUUGCACACCUUAUUUUUAACAUAAGUGCAGGUGAGGCGAUUUGUAAUCUGAAUGUGCAAGACUUUAAAUAUCAUUCUUUUUCAAUUAUUUUACCUGUAAAAAAAAUUAAAAAUAGAUAGAUAUUGCACACGGUUAUUGGUUUUCAUUUUAUUUUUUUGUUUGUUUGUUUUUACCAGCGGCUAAUGAAUCAGAAAUCUCGAACAUUCAAUGAAAAUACCUUACCUUUCACGUUGCAAAAUAAGGUUUAUAAAACGGAUUGUUCCGGUCUUUGAUUCUGAUUGGUUGAGCCACGUUUCUAAGCUGUUGUAAAUUACACUCCAAACCUACACCUUUGUUUACUUUGUUUGUUGCUUGGCAACCACUUUGUUCCAACCAUAGGUUCGAACCACAACUGUUUCUGAGGAACUACAUUGUAGUGAUGGGUUGUUCUUCAAUAAUAACCAACUCUUUAGUUUAUUACCUUUGUUACCACAUUCAGUGUUAUGGAAAAUAACCAUCAUGACAGAAAUUCACACAUUUAUAAACUGUAAGAAAUAAAAAGCUACAAUUUGAGACCAGAAACUCAUCACGUAACUGUAAGAGUAAAUAAUAACAACAAUAACUAUGCACCCGUUUGUAAGGAAGGUUGUAAUUUAACUAAUUUCUCUAUCCAAUGUGGUCACAUCACGUGACAAAAGAACGAACAACUCGAAAGACUCGAUAGAUGAACUAAUCAAUUCUCUUUCCGGCUCUGACUGCAUAGGUUUAGCUUAUGAGGCUGUCACGUGAUGAACGAACGACUCAAACCCGAAGACUUGUUAGAAGAGGUGAGGUGAGCUAAUCAUAGACUGAAGACCCAGUGGUCACUGGAGGGUCAGAUGGAAUAGGCAGAGCAUAUGCUGAAGAGCUUUCAAAACUAGGUAUGAGCGUGAUCAUCAUCAGUAGAAACCAAGAGAAGCUUGACAGAGCAGCAAGGAAGAUCGAGCUCACUACAGGACGGGAAGUCAAAGUAAUAGCUGCUGACUUCACCAAAGAUGAUAUAUAUGGACACAUUCAAGAAAACAUUGAGGGUUUGGAAAUUGGUAUUUUAGUGAACAAUGUGGGGAUUCUGCCCAGCCAAAUACCCUGCAAGCUACUUGAAACGUCUGAUCUGGAAGAAAGAAUACAUGAUGUUAUCAACUGCAAUGUGAAAGCCAUGGUUAAGAUGUGCAGAACUGUGCUACCAGGAAUGCAGCAAAGAGGAAGAGGAGUCAUUCUGAAUGUGUCCUCUGGCAUAGCCAAAAUACCCUGCCCCAUUUACACCCUUUACGCAGCAUCCAAGGUUUUUGUUGAGAGAUUUUCACAGGGUCUUCAAGCAGAAUAUAAAUCCAGAGGAAUCAUUAUACAGACGGUGGCUCCAUUUGGGGUUUCAACAGCAAUGACAGGACAUCAGAAGCCAGAUAUGGUCACAUUCACACCUGAAGAGUUUGUGAGGAACUCGCUGAAGUAUCUGAAGGCUGGUGACCAAACAUAUGGCAGUGUCACUCAUACUAUACUGGGCGGGAUUGUGCAGUCCAUUCCCACCUGGGUCCUGCAGAGUGAAGCAUUUCAGCAUCAUUUUAGGGAAUAUGUGAAGGAGAGGGUCGGAAGCUGAGAGCUGUCAUUCUAAAAGUAUAUGUACAGUAUUGAACAUUUGAUACUUACACACCAAAAUGGUUGGGUUUGUUUGCAUUAAUUAUGACAGUACUUUAUGUCAAAAAUAUAAGGCUGGGAAAGAAAGGGAGAAGGAGUGUUUACCCACAGUCCUUCAAAAUACUCUAAAUCAGUGUCGAUAAUAGAAUGUUAUCAUUAUUAAUCAUAAUCAUAUCAGUAGAAAGGAGAUAGUUGAGCUGUACUGACCUUGAUAACAUUAACAGAAGGUCAAUCUCAGAAAGGCCAAAUGACAGAGUAAGAGAUGUGGCCUUGUUAGUUUCUGUCUAUAUUUUGAGAUUAGAAAAUGUUUGGUCUUAUUUAAAGUGCAUUUUAUAAAUAACAUUAAUAUCCACAUAACACUUUAACAGAUAUUUGGCGCCACAUAGUGGUUAAAUGCACUUUGACGUGAUGAUCUUUAAAGCUUGAAGGUGAUGUAAUUAUCCCCUUAUAUCGACAUUUAUGUGACUAAUCACUGUACCCACAGCAAAAAUACAUUAUGAAAACACUGAUAUGCGGACAGCACUACAAGAAUGUGCACAGUUUUUGAAAAUUAUUUAUAUUAAUAUACAUAUGAAGAUAUCUUACAACAUUUUUUUUUAAGUAACACUAGAUUCACUGCAGUAAUUAUGGUAUAUCUCAUUUACCUUAAAAAAAAGAAGCAGCUCUGUUUUAAAGAGCUGUUUCUGACAUUCAGCCAGCAGAGGGCAGAUUUUUGACUAGGCAUUACAGAACCUGAAGCACAUCAGCUGUAGUGAUUGAAUCUCUGUGGAGUCGAGUUUCAAAUGUCUUGAAGAUGCUGAGCAGGUAAAGGAUACAAACAAGUGCAGUCUGAUGGGGGAUUUCCACCGCAGAUGUAGUUGUUAAUAAAGUUGUUCUCCCUUGAGCGAGCUGUCCUGAUUGAAAUACAGUUGACAGGAUAACUAUCAGUUUGCACUUUUAUUAAAGGGGUUUCUGUUUUUACUACAGGGAAUUUCCACUGAUAAUUUAUAAUGCUACUGCUUGUAACAGAAAAGACAUUUAUGUGGUAUAAAACUAAGGCAAUAAUUAAAAUAAUCAUGUUUUAUUUUCUUCACUAUCUAACUGGGAAAGCUAUGCUUGCUCUGAUUGCAGCAGUGGUGUCUGAAAAUCUAGUGUUUUUAAAAACAAGUGGUGUAGAAGUAAAGAUUGCAGAUCAUCUAAUCAAUCUGCGGGAAACCACCAAAUACCUCAAAACAAUUUCCUAUGGUUUAAAACAUUGUACAAACUACUCUUAUACCCUGUAUCUCGAAAUAGUCACACUUUCGCUGACCCAUAAUUUUGCUAGAUGGCUGUUUUGUUUCUGUUUCAUUAAAUUAAAAAGACUACUACAUAGCUAACUAGUCUAAACUAUUAACUAAAUGUUUUGAUUGAAUGAAUAAAAUGAUGCGGUGUUUAAUAGUAUUGUGUGAUAACGUCAUUGUUACAGCUCGCAUAUACAAAACAAAUCAAUACAUAAAUGUAUUUGAAAAGCAGCAAAAAUAACUGUUCAGUGAUAAAUGAACAAACAUACAAAAAAGAAAUCUGUUGUGUGUGUAUAUAGCAUAUACAGUAUAUAUAUAUAACAUAUAUCAUCUAACUACUGGGGUGCCUCGGAGCUCAGUUCUUGGACCACUUCUCUGUCUACAUGGCAUCACUUGGUUCUGUCAUUCAUGGCUUUUGCUAUGCUGAUGACAUUCAACUCUACCUCUCAUUCCAUCCUUAUGAUCUGACGAUAGCUGCUCGCAUCUCAGCUUGUCUAACAGACAUUUAUUGCUGGAUGAAGGACCAUCACCUUCAACUCAACCUUGCUUGUGGUUCCAUCAAACCCAUUGGUUCAUCACAAUUUCACCAUCCAGUUAGGCACAUCAACCAUAACUCCUUCAGAAACAGCCAGAAACCUUGGAGUUAUGAUUGAUGAUCAGCUGACUUUCUCAGACCACUUUGCUAAAACUGCCCAGUCCUGCAGAUUUGCUUUAUUCAACAUCAAGAAGAUCAGGCCCUUUCUUUUGGAACAUGCUUCACUACUCCUUGUUCAAGCUCUUGUUCUGUCCAGGCUGGACUAUUGCAAUGCUCUCUUGGCAGGCCUUCUAGCCAGCUCUAUCAAACCUUUACAAUUAAUCCAGAACACGACUGCAAGAUUAAUUUUUAUUGAGCUGAAAAGAAUGCACGUCACACCUCUGUUUAUCAAUUUGCACUGGCUAUCAAUAGCUGCUCGCAUAAAAUUCAAGGCAUUAAUGUUUGCCUACAAAACCACCACUGGCUCUGCACCCCUUUACCUAAAUUAAUUACUUCAGACUUAUGUGCCCUCUAGAAGCUUGCGUUCUUUCAUAGACUUUUAAUGAAAUGUUCCCUCCUGGUGGAAUAACCUGCCCAACUCAAUCCGAGCAGCUGACUCCUUAGCCAUCUUCAAGAAUCGGCUAAAAACACAUCCCUUCCAUCUUUAUUUGACCCUCUAAAUCUAGCACUCUGUAUUCUAAUUUUAUUCUUAAAAAAAAAAAAAACUCGUCCCUUUUAGACUUGCACUCUAUUCAUGUACUAACUGCUUGUUUUCUUUCCAAAAAAAAAAAAUGUAUUUAUUAUACAAUUAACAAAAGCAAAAAAGGCCUCUAACACUAGCUUACUCUACCUUGCUACGUGUACUGCGUUAAGCUAACUGAGACUGGUCACACUUUAUAUUAGGUGGCCUUAACUACUAUGUACUUCCAUCAAAAAAUAAGUACAAUGUACUUAUUGUAUUGCAAAACACUUUUACUGCUAUUGAGGUGGGAUAUGGGUAAGGUUAGGGACAGGUUUGGUGGUAUGGAUAGGUUUAAGGGUGGGUUAAGGUGUAAGGGAUGGGUCACCCGAGUAAUUAUAAAUGUAAAUACAGAAAUUAAUUACAGAUGUAACUACAUACAGGUAUUUUUAAAAAUAUAAGUGCAAUGUAAAAACAUGUAUGUACACAAUAAGUGCAUUGUAUCAAAUGAUUAAUUUAAAUGUAAGUACAUUGUAGUUAAGGCCACCUAAUAUAAAGUGGGACCCUGAGACUUGCAUAUCAUUACUCUUUUGCUGAUUUUGAUUGCUUCCAUUGUCCUCAUUUGUAAGUCGCUUUGGAUAAAAGCUUCUGCUAAAUGACUAAAUGUAAAUGUAUAUGUAUAUAUAUGUGUAUAUACUGUAUAGCAACUGUGAUGACAAAAACACGCCAUCGCAAAUCAGCCAAUCCAUCAUCACAAGCUUAUUAAUUUAGAGUUUCUAGUUUACAGUUAUAAUAAAUAGAAUUAGUUGAACUUAAGGAGUGCUUUUGUGACCCUCUCAAGUAGAACUUCUUAAUACGUAAUUUCAUAAUUCUCUUGUCUUUGAAAUUAAAGUACUGAAUGAACUCACAAGCAUAAAAUAUAUUUUAUUUUAUUGCUAUAAUUUCUAUUUAAAACACUUAUAAUGAUAAAGUGGCAUUUUAAUACCUUUAAAAUAUAUAUUUUAAAUGCAAUACUGAAUAACGUAAAACUUUUAAUUUGACACCACAAAGUGCACUUUUAAAAAAUGUUAAAGGGAUAGUUCACCCAAUAUUCUGUCAUUAAUUACUCACCCUCAUGUCGUUCCAAAUACUGGUUCCAAAUACUGGUAAAUACUGUUCCCAAGGGGGAAACGUGAUUUCUACCGAGGGGAACGCUAGAGCCCUGCAUUUCAGCCCAGACCGGACGGCCCCGACUUUUUUACUCCUCUAGGGCCGGGCUGGUUUUAGGCUUCUCCUUAUUUUUAUAUUUUAGACAUCCAUCAAUUAGUGAUGAAAAAAAUUGUAGAAACAACACGAGACCGUGCUGCGACUGUGUUUAGAGUCCCGCAGCAGCAGAGAGCGCGCCGUAAGCGCAGCUGAAGAGUUCUGCUUUCAAAUGCACGCAAUAGGCUGAAGCUUGCUGCAAAGCCCCAGUAAAAGUAAUUACCAUGAAUGCGUCCAGGGGAAAUAGUAAGGAGAUAUUUGAAUUAUUUACUAAUGAACUAGUGUUUUCUGUGUCAGUGUCGCAAAGAUGAAGAUGAUGCGAUCCUGACUCGCUGUCUCCUGAUUAGACGCACCUUUAGAGAGAAGUGCAUCUUCACGGAUUAUAAUGAAAGAGUUUUUGUUAUCGAUUUGAUUUAUUUCGUUAAGUAGUAAUUUAAUGCUUUCUAUAGAUAUAUUUAUCAUAUCUGUGAGGCAUGUAUUCGCAUUUUUGUGAAGCACUCCUGUUCAAGACGAGACGGCAGAAAGCGUAUCAUUGUUUUCUUAAAAGCACGACGUUUUGUUGAUAUUGUGAGUGCACACAAAUAAAAGUAGACCCUUUACAGUUCCGAAUGAUGUAUUACUCUUACCUUUAUGAGCAAAAAUUAUGGCGUAUUUUAAGGUGUUUCCAUUGGGGAAAAAAUGCAAUUGAUUGCGCUGGUGCCUCCAUGUCCUGCGCUUUAGCUUCGACUCUCCGCACAAACUAUUGGAUGCAGCGCACAUUUAUCUAGGUUUAACAUUUAAACCUUGUUAUAUGUUUGAACUGUUCCAGUAGGCCAUACACUGUAAAAAGUGAUAAGUUGAUUUAACUUUAA